AGUCCACCUUGGAACUUAAUACCCUACACUUGUUUGUUAUUUAUGAAUUCCCGGGAAUGGCGUAAGACGACUGGACCUUUCGGCUGGGCCUGUGGCCAAAACUAGUACGGGACAAGGCCCAGGGCCUGUAUGGGCCUGGGAUCACCGUACUGUACAAUUGGGGCAGGGCCCGGGGUCUGUUUGGGCCUAAGAUCUCGGUGCCGUACAAUAGCCCCCCCUUGAUUCAUACUCGGUCAUCGAGAAGAAUCAAGGAGCAGCAUGGGACCUUUUGACCUCGGGAGUAUUUUAGCCUGGGACUUCUGACCGUCAUCUCUCAUUUAAUACUUAUCUCAAAAGACGCGCCGUUUCGCGGCGCCAGGCGCAGUCGUCAUUAUUGCCUGACGGUUCGAGAACCGAAGCGACGUGCGGAUUGGUUGUGCUUGGCGUUCGUUGGACUGCUCGUAGACCGCGCCCAUUUAAUGCUUGAUUCAGACGCUUCUUCUUCCUCCACUCAUUUUUCUUUCCUCUAUAAAUAACCUCCCUCUGAACAGCAUCCCAUUUUUCCUCUGCCAAUCUUUAGAGCUUUCUUUUUUCUCUGCCGACCACAUUUCCGUGCGCUUGCUUACCCAGUGUUCUUUUCCUCCUUAGAACCCAAAACGGCAAAGUGUUUGUGCAGGACCUCAGAGUCGUCCACGCCAAAGACUUAAACUUCGUCCUCCGCUCUGAGAUAUACGUGCAUUGGGACGGGCAACUCCGGGCUUCGCAUUUGAUUCUCGGUGUGGAUCCGGUUUAUUCUACUUGGCAGCCGUUCAAGCAGGCACUGAUAGUUGACAGCCCCCUGCUGUCGUAUAUAGACGUUCGGUACGUGAACUUUUUACCGCCGAGUCUUACAACCGGGGAAGCGAGGGAAUUUGGCCGGCGGCUUACUUGCGCAGACGAGCUAGCCCCUUUGAGAGACGAAUCCGCGGAAAAAGCAUCCCGGCGCCUCAGGGAGUUAGCCCACGAAGCCGUACAGCAAGACCAAGCGCAAGAGCAGCCAAUCCCCGAGAAUCCUGCUGCCGUGAACCAACAACAAGUGAUAGAAGCGGCUGCCCUUUUAGCCAGAGCUGCCCGGCCUAAGGGAAAGAUGGUAUCUAGAAAAGUGCUGUCGGUAGAACGGUUUGUGCCCGGUGCCCGACAAUCCAAUCAGCCCCCUCCUCCCGAGGGCCGGGGUCAAGUGCCGCAGCCUUCACCCCCAUCGCAGGCCGGACGUGCCCGGAAGAAGCAAAAGGUCACCGAUCAACCUUCCACUUGCCCGGUCGAGGUCGCUGCCCAGACUCCUCCCCGUCCAACAGGUGGCAUUGUUAUCCGUGAGCCGCCGACUGAAGCCGGCACGGGGGGCGCGUCCUCCUCCCAAGUGGCUCCUGCGUGGGAGCCGAAGAUCCUUCUGGACGGCAAACCAUUGCCGUCAACCGCCUGCAUUCGGAUGUGGGAUAAAGGCGAGGGCGGCCGUAUUGCCCAAUCUUUGGCCGAAGCUCUCCAACUUCCCGAGGAUGUGCAUGCUUUCGAGGAUGGAUCCGAGGAGUCGGUAGGGCGCCGGUUAGAGUGGCACGCCAUUGCGGCUGCCCAAAUGGCCCACAUUGUGGCUGCUCGGGCACGGGAGCUUGCUGAGGAGAGCGAGCGCGAGAAGGAGGCGCGCGAGGCGGCGGUGAAAACGGCUAAGGAAAAACUGAAGGCCGCCGAGUCUGCUGAGAAGAAGGCUGCAGCUGCCGAGAAGAACCGGUCCCUGGCCGAGAAAAGGUGUGCAGAGCUCCUAACCCAGCAGAAUGAGACGGAGCUUAAGCUAGCCCAAGCCAUCAGCCUAAACACCUCCAAUGCCGAGGAGAUAGCUGACCUUAGGGCAGGCUUGGCAGCCGCGGAGCAGAAAUGGUAUGAUGUCGGCUUUGCUGAUGCCGAAAACUCUGUAGAGCCGGUGGUUGCUCGGGCUAGGAAUAUGGGCUUUGAGGCCGGGUGGUUUGCCGCCCUUCAGGCAAUGGGUGUUCCUGAGGAUUCGCAUCUGAGAGACCCCGGCCAAAUCCCAUUCCCGAGCCCCGCCCCUGCUGCUCAGGGUACCCCGGUGGCGAUUGACGAGGAAGAGACAGCCAGUAUGAGGGAGCUGGUUGAGCAAAUCGAUGCUCACGCUGAGCCUGAGGAAAUGGAAGCCACCAGUAUCCCGACUGUGCAGGAGCUUCUCGGUGAGGCCCCGCCUUUUUCUUUGGCCGGCCAGCAGGAAGUGAUACCGCCGAACCAACCUCCCCGCUAAUUUUGCUUUUAUUUUGCUUGUUCAUUUUUAUUUUAUUGGUUUUACUUGCUCACGUCACCGAGAUGCGGUGACCGAACAUUUGUUUUAUCUCGUUGGUUUUAUUUGCCUAUGUCACCGGGAUGUGGUGACCGAACAAUUGCUCUACUUUAAUUAGAAGUCCGUUUUCUUUUUCCGUUUGAAUUUGUCGAAUGAAAUUAUCUCUGUUCGUGUUUUUGCUUGAACCACGCCAGUGCUAUGGCUGCUUAAUGUAAUGGUACCCCCCGAGAACCUUUUACGCGGCGCUUAGCGUAUUUUGAGAGCGCUUUUUGACUUAGUAUUUGAAAAAAAAAAGGUCGGGUUAGGCUUUGGCUGA